GGACAAACGACAGAUAGAAGUGAAUGCGAGUGUAGGAUCGAUUGAGCACGACCAGCUCGGAGAACUUCUCUGAUGCGAGGUUGAUGUUGAUGGAGAUAAGGAAGGUCAGGGGAGGGGUUGGGGUCACUUGUUAGAGCUGGUGAAGCUUUUAGCGAUGGAUGUGACGUAGCUCCAGCCCUCGAGCUAUGCAAAUCAUUUAGACAAUCUUCGAAUGCAAAUGUCCAUAAUUUUGCGUUCUUAACGAGUGCGAGUAGAAGAAAUAAAAGUCCAACCCAUAGUAAUCGUCCCACAAUGGUUCAAGAUUUUUAAUGAUCUCAGGGUGAAUCUCUCACAGCAUUCGCCAAUCACAAGCUUUGUUCCUCAGGCUUAAAUUUCUUCACUAACCCCUCCAAGAAGAAGCAACACUUCUUUGUUCCACAUUGUCCAUUGUCCCACAGCCAUGUCUACAGCAAUGGCGAACACAAUUCCAGUAGGAAGCAGUGACAUAGCAUCAAGAAUGGCAGACAUUGCUUCAUCAACCAAGCCAAGCCUUUCAAAAUGGGCGGAUCGAUACAGAGGGGCCACGGUAGAAGACCUGGAUCCUCCUUCUGCUCUGUCGUGUAGUCCAAAUGAUCCCAUUUCCCAUGCCCUUCUCUCAGCCUUCGAACGAGAUUAUACGCACCUCACCGUUGUGUCGGAAUCGAAUCGAGCUCUGCUUGGCUAUCUCUCUAUCCCACAUCUCCGUAUACUCCUCGAGUCGGGGAAGGUCAAAGAAACCGACGGAGUGUCGAAAGCUAUGGUUAAAUUCCGAAGAAAGGGAAAGGUUUACAAGGUCAUCACUAUGGAUACACCAUUAGAGGAGCUAGAAUUAUUCUUCAACGGCGGUGAGAAUGGCGAAAAUGGCAAGCAAGAAUUCGCUGUGGUUACGGAUGAGCGAAGACGAUUUGUGUUGGGUGUUGCAACAAGGACAGAUCUCGAGGAGUUUGCGAGGAGAAGACCUGCUUAAGGAUGUGCGUAGGUUGGUUUGUGCUUAAGCAUGGGAUGGAGUGAGCAUAAGGAUUGGAGUUUGGGCAUAAAAGGGUAGCUUUCAACAAACGCCAGGGAACAUAAUUCAUACGGACUUCGAAUCCAGCUGGAUGCUUGUUGGUAACC